CCAUUAAGCCCUUCGUGGUUUUGCCUCCAAUAAGAUGUAACCCAUACAUGAACGAUGAACCCUCACCCGUAACUGUUUACGAUAGACUUUGCACCAUACCUUUAAUCCUUUCACUAUUUAAGAUGACUGAUAUGUGAUAUAGAUUCUAACACCAUAAAAAAAACACAAAAAAAUGAAGUACCCAAGUCCAUAUUUGACUGUUGCUGUAAUUGGCCUUUUAUUUUCAUUAGCAUCUUCUGCAUCUCAUACUCAUGAUCAUGAACACUUCCUUCAGUGUCUUCAACUUCAGAACUCCACCUCAAUCUCUGAGGUUGUUUACACCCCUUCCAAUUCCUCCUACUCCUCUAUACUUCAGUUUUCCAUUCAAAACCAUAGAUUCUUAUCCAAAACAACUCCCAAACCCCUAGUCAUUGUGACUCCCCUCCAUGCUUCCCAUGUUCAAGCCACCAUAAUCUGUUCCCAACUCCAUGGGUUGCAGAUUCGAACUCGAAGCGGUGGCCACGACUUUGAGGGAGUCUCCUAUAUUUCUCAAGUUCCUUUUGUUAUCAUUGAUCUCAUAAACUACAGAAAUAUUGAAGUGGAUGCAGAAACAAGAACUGCAUGGGUUCAAGCUGGGGCAACUAUAGGUGAACUUUACUAUAGCAUCAGCAAGAAAAGCAAAACUCUGGCUUUUCCAGCAGGUGUAUGCCCCUCUGUUGGAGUUGGAGGGCACUUCAGUGGUGGUGGCUAUGGAUACUUGAUGCGUAAAUAUGGCCUUGCUGCUGAUAAUAUAAUUGAUGCUCACAUGGUUGAUGUGAAGGGUAGGUUUCUUGACAGAGAAGCAAUGGGUGAGGAUCUUUUCUGGGCCAUUAGAGGUGGUGGUGGAGCAAACUUUGGAGUCAUCCUAGCAUGGAAGGUCAAACUAGUUCCAGUUCCACCAACUGUGACAGUUUUCAGAGUUGAAAGGACUUUGGAGCAAAAUGCAACUAUGCUCGUUAUGAAGUGGCAGAAUAUGGCAAGUAAGCUUCAUGAGGACCUAGCCAUCAGGCUCGUAUUAACGACAAAAGCCAAAUUUGAAGCCCUGUUUCUUGGUGGUAAGGAUAAACUCAUACCAUUGAUGCAAGAACGCUUCCCAGAAUUGGGUUUGGUCAAGGAAGAUUGUACUGAGAUGAGUUGGAUAGAGUCAACGGUUUACAUGGUUGGAUCAAGUAGUAAAUCCCUUCAAGUUUUGCUGCAAAGAACUCCAAGCCCGCCACAAAGUUACAAAGGGAAAUCCGACUAUCUGAAACACCCCAUUCCUGAAAGUGGUUUAGAAGGAAUAUGGCAAAUAUUUAAGGAGAACGGGGAGAAAGCUGCAUUCAUGGAACUAUUUCCUUAUGGGGGAAUAAUGGAUCAGAUUCCUCAGUCCAAACUUCCUUUUCCACAUAGAUCCGGAAACUUGUGCUUUGUUGGUUACCUAGAUUCUUGGGACCAACAAGGAAGAGAUGAGGUAGCACAAAAACAAAUCAAGUGGAUUACAAGGAUUUAUAGUUAUAUGGAACCUUUUGCAUCAAAUUCUCCUAGAGCUGCAUAUCUCAACUAUAGAGACCUUGACAUUGGGGUAAAUAACAUUGGCUACACAAGCUAUGAGCAAGCUAGCCUUUGGGGUCUCAAGUACUUCAAAAACAACUUCAAUAGGUUGGCAAAUGUGAAGACCAAGGUUGAUCCUCUUAACUUCUUCAGGUACGAGCAGAGUAUACCUUCUCUCGUGUCCAAGAGUAGCAUAUAGAAACCUCAUAUCUGAAAUUCUGAGGUAAAUAAGCUGCUUUAUUCUUUUUCUCCUAUCUGUUAUGCAGUGUGUCUCUUCCAUAAUAUUGAUGAAGAUAUAAAACACACUAUGCUUUGUAUUAUGACUUUGAGACUACUAAGCCAUACGAAGAAGAGAAGAGAGCAGUUUACUGUUACCUAAAAUUUUCCUAUAACUGAAUAAUAAAAAUUUCACUUUUUCCAUCA